AUGCCAUCGCCACUGGCCGAGCCAGCGCCGCCCGCUGCCAAAACAUCCCCAGCUGCCGCGCCGCCCACUGUCGCCCGCCGCUGUCUCCGACGCGCCAGGCCUGCCGCCAUCGCCACUGGCCGAACCAGCGCCGCCCGCCGCAACACAUCCCCAGCUGCGGCGCGGCCUACCGUCGCCCGCCGCUGUCUUCGACGCGCCAGACCUGCCGCCAUCGCCACUGGCCGAGCCAGAGCCGCCCGCCGCCAACACAUUCCCAGCUGCCGCGCCGCCCACCGUCGCCUGCCGCUGUCUCCGACGCGCCAGACCUGCCGCCAUCGCCACUGGCCGAGCCAGAGCCGCCCGCCGCCAACACAUUCCCAGCUGCCGCGCAGCCCACCGUCGCUCGCCGCUGUCUCCGACGCGCCAGACCUGCCGCCAUCGCCACUGGCCGAGCCAGAGCCGCCGGCGCCAACACAUUCCCAGCUGCCGCGCCGCCCACCGUCGCUCGCCGCUGUCUCCGACACGCCAGACCCGCCGCCAUCGCCUCUGGCCGAGCCAGCGCCGCCCACCGUCGCCCGCCGCUGUCUCCUUCGCAGCAGGCCUGCCGCCAUCAACACUGGCCGAGCCAGAGCAGCCCGCCGCCAACACAGUCCCAGCUGCCGCGCCGCCCACCGUCGCCCGCCACUGUCUCCUUCGCAGCAGGCCUGCCGCCAUCGCCACUGGCCGAGCCAGAGCCGCCUGCCGCCAACACAUUCCCAGCUGUCGCGCCUCCCACCGUCGCUCGCCGCUGUCUCCGACGCGCCAGACCUGCCGCCAUCGCCACUGGCCGGGCCAGCGCCGCCCCCUGCCAACACAGUCCCAGCUGCCCCGCCGCAAACCGUCGCUCGCCGCUGUCUCCGACACGCCAGACCUGCCGCCAUCGCCUCUGGCCGAGCCAGCGCCGUCCACCGUCGCCCGCCGCUAUCUCCUUCGCAGCAGGCCUGCCGCCAUCGCCACUGGCCGAGCCAGAGCCUCCCGUUGCCAACACAUUCCCAGCUGCCGCGCCGCCCACCGUCGCUCGCCGCUGUGUCCGACGCGCCAGACCUGCCGCCACCGCCACUGGCCGAACCAGCGCCGCCCGCCAAAACACAUCCCCAGCUGCCGCCCGGCCUACCGUCGCCCGCCGCUGUCUCCGACGCGCCAGACCUGCCGCCAUCGCCACUGGCCGAGCCAGAGCCGCCCGCCGCCAACACAUUCCCAGCUGCCACGCCGCCCACCUUCGCUCGCCGCUGUCUCCGACGCGCCAGACCUGCCGCCAUAGCCACUGGCCGAUCAGCGCCGCCCGCCGCAACACAUCCCCAGCUGCCGCGCGGCCUACCGUCGCCCGCCGCUGUCUCCUUCGCAGCAGGCCUGCCGCCAUCGCCACUGGCCGAGGCAGAGCAGCCCGCCGCCAACACCGUCCCAGCUGCCGCGCCGCAAACCGUCGCUCGCCGCUGUCUCCGACACGCCAGACCCGCCGCCAUCGCCUCUGGCCGAGCCAGUGCCGCCCACCGUCGCCCGCCGCUGUCUCCUUCGCAGCAGGCCUGCCGCCAUCGCCACUGGCCGAGCCAGAGCAGCCCACCGCCAACGCAGUCCCAGCUGCCGCGCCGCAAACCGUCGCUCGCCGCUGUCUCCGACACGCCAGACCUGCCGCCAUCGCCACUGGCCGAACCAGCGCCGCCCGCCGCAACACAUCCCCAGCUGCCGCGCGGCCUACCGUCGCCCGCCGCUGUCUCCGACGCGCCAGACCUGCCGCCAUCGCCACUGGCCGAGCCAGAGCCGCCCGCCGCCAACACAUUCCCAGCUGCCGCGCCGCCCACCGUCGCUCGCCGAUGUCUCCGACGCGCCAGACCUGCCGCCAUCGCCACUGGCCGAGACAGAGCCGCCGGCGCCAACACAUUCCCAGCUGCCGCGCCGCCCACCGUCGCUCGCCGCUGUCUCCGACACGCCAGGCCCGUCGCCAUCGCCUCUGGCCGAGCCAGCGCCGCCCACCGUCGCCCACCGCUGUCUCCUUCGCAGCAGGCCUGCCGCCAUCGCCACUGGCCGAGCCAGAGCAGCCCGCCGCCAACACAGUCCCAGCUGCCGCGCCCCAAACCGUCUCUCGCCGCUGUCUCCGACACGCCAGACCAGCCGCCAUCGCCUCUGGCCGAGCCAGCGCCGCCCACCGUCGCCCGCCGCUGUCUGCUUCGCAGCAGGAAUGCCGCCAUCGCCACUGGCCGAGCCAGAGCCGCCCGCCGCCAACACAUUCAAAGCUGCCGCGCCGCCCACCGUCGCUCGCCGCUGUCUCCGACGCGCCAGACCUGA